AUGGCGGCAGCACUGGGCAUUCAGGGCAAUGCGGGCAAUGCAGCGUUCAAGGACAAGGAGAAGCCUAUGGCUGUCCGGACCGCCAACAUCAUGGCCGCUCGAGCUGUCGCCGACGCCAUUCGAACAUCGUUAGGACCGCGGGGUAUGGACAAAAUGGUCGUCAAUCCGAAAGGCGCCCCUCUGAUUACCAACGAUGGAAGCACAAUGUUGAAGAGCAUGAGCGUUAUGCACCCAGCGGCAAAGAUGCUUGUCGAUCUGUCCGCUGCCCAAGACGUGGAGGCUGGAGACGGAACAACCUCAGUUGUGGUUAUUGCAGGCAGUCUACUGGGUGCCGCGGAUCGACUACUCGGCAAAGGCAUCCACCCAACAGUCAUCUCUGAAGCCUUCCAGAGAGCAGCCGCUGCCGCCGUCAAGGUCCUUACCAACAUGUCACAACCAAUCGCUCUCACAGACCGGACGACCAUGCUGCAAAUCGCCUCAACUUCCCUCGGCUCCAAAAUCGUAUCACAACAUUCCGGUCUGCUCGGACCUAUGGCUGUUGACGCCGUAAUCAAGACUAUCGAACCCAAGACGGCCGAUAAUGUCGACUUACGGAACAUUCGAAUGGUGAAAAAGGUGGGAGGCACAAUAGAUGAUUCAGAGAUGAUCGACGGAGUCGUUCUGAAUCAGACUGUCAUCAAGAGCAGCGGAGGGCCAGUGCGCGUGGAAAAGGCCAGAAUAGGUCUCAUCCAGUUCCAGCUCAGCCCACCGAAACCCGACAUGGAGAACCAGAUCGUGGUCAACGACUAUCGACAAAUGGACAAGAUCUUAAAAGAAGAGAGAACGUAUCUCCUGAACAUGGUCAAAAAGAUCCAAAAGGCCAAGUGUAACGUCCUCUUUAUUCAGAAGUCGAUUCUCCGAGAUGCUGUCAACGACUUGUCCCUACACUUCCUGUCGAGAUUGAAGAUUAUGGCGAUCAAGGACAUCGAGCGGGAUGAGAUUGACUUCUUGUGCAAAAGCACUGGCUGCAAGCCAAUCGCCAACAUCGACUCGUUUACAGAAGACAAGCUCGGCAGUGCAGAUCUGAUCGAAGAAGUACAGUCGAACGGUGCCCGGUACGUCAAGGUCACUGGCAUCAAGUCUGCACCUCAGCAACACCAGACAGUCUCAAUCGUGGUCAGAGGCGCCAACAACCUCGUGCUGGAUGAAGCAGAGCGGUCUCUUCACGAUGCACUAUGCGUGGUACGAUGUCUGGUGAAGAAGAAGGCUCUCAUCGCUGGAGGAGGUGCUCCGGAAAUCGAAAUCGCUAAUCAACUCGCUAAGCAGGCGAGAGAGCUCACAGGCACGGAAGCCAUUUGCUGGAAAGCUUUCGCAGAUGCCAUGGAGGUCAUUCCGACAACGUUGGCCGAGAACGCUGGCCUCAACAGCAUCAAGGUUGUGACCGAGCUGCGACACCGACAUGAUUUGGGCGACAAAAAUGCAGGUGUGAGCAUAAGGAAUGGUGGUGUGAAGACGAAUAUUGCGGAGGAGAAUGUGCUGCAACCGCUGCUAGUCAGCACGAGUGCUAUCGAGUUGGCUGCUGAAACUGUGAAGUUGAUUCUGCGGAUAGACGAUAUCGCCUUGUCAAGAUAA